UGUUUAACCUGAGAACUCGACCGUUGAGGAACAGUGGCACUCUCCGUUAUUUUCUACAACUCCAGGGCACAUUUUAAAAAUCCCCUCCCAAUUCGACCGUUACAAAACCCCCCAUUCAAGAACCAAAAUUCGACCGUUAACACCAUUCCAUUCCUCUUCUUUACUCUCUCUCUCUCUCUCUCUCUCUCUCUCUUUUCUAUAACACCUCUUCUCCUCCCCCAUUUUCUCCUUACCAUCUCUAUCUCUCUCUCUCUCUCUCUCUCUCUCUCUAGACCAAGAUGAUGAGCGAGGCAUCGAUGGAAUCGAAGCCGCCACCGCACCCGCUGCGGCAAAUUGCGGAGAGCGCGACCCACAAGCUACUUCUAAAGCAGUGGCUCAAGGAGGAGGAGCUCCUCCUCCGCCGCGUCGCCCUCAGAGAAACUCGCCUCGACGCCGCCCGUAGGGAGACCACCGGCCUCUUCUGCGCCUUCUUCGUGUUCCACUCCACCGCCCUCCUCCUCCUCUUCUCCUCCGCCUCCGACGCCCCAGCCCCCCGCACGUGCCACCGAUCGUGGAUCCCCUGCCUCCUCUCCCUCCUCUCCUCGCUGGGCCUCAUCUGGGCCGUGCGGUACAAGGGCGACACCGAGAAGGUGCUCGAGAGAAUGCUCGAGAGGGAAAAGGAGGACGCUUUGCUGCUGGGGAAGUGCGUGGGGGAGCUCCGGAAGAAGGGCGCCGAGUUCGACCUGCUGAAGGAGGUCGACGCGCUGCGGCGCGCGAAGAGCCUGCGGGUCGAGGCGAAGGCAGCGGCCGCAGUGAGGAGGUGGUCGGGGAGGGAUUUGGGGAUCAUGGCGCUCUUCGCGGCCGCGUGCGGGGCGGUGGCUCUCACAAGGUUCGUGCUUUGUAGCUAGGGUUUCUCUUUUGGGGUAUAAAGGAAGGAUCUUGAUUCCGAUGUGAAUUUCGGUUUUUUUGUUUUUUUUUUGUUCUUUGUGUUGUGGAGUUGUCCUGAUGGGAGAAUUGCAGAAUGUUCUGUUCUGCUAUUUUGUUUGGUGUUUUAGUUUACAUUUUUUUUGUUCUUUGUGGAUCAUUUUAAUGGAAAUCUUGUAAUAAGAUUGGUUAUAAAAU